CAUAACUUCACAUUUCACACUUCACAACGUCACUCUCCACCUUCAUACUUCAUACUUCAUACUUCACCCUCCUCCACUUUCAUACUUCACCCCCACCCAUCACCCUCACCCUUCAUCUCCCUCCAAUUGGCAAAAAAACUGCAUACUACAUAACCCAAACUCUAUACGCAACUACCUACCAGCUGCCACCCGUCAAAAAGAGAUGAGACGACAGCUCGACACGAGACGAUCUGCGCUGCAUCAGCUCUCCAUUGCGAAUCUUCCUGUGCACCUCCCUGCCCAUCCUACUCUGCAUCUCACUAUACAUCCUCUUGUGCGCACUACUAUAUAGCCGUGCAUCCUGUGCAUCCUGUGCACCCUGGGCAGCCUAUACAGAACUACCGUCCGAAGUAUAUUCCUCGAAGACGAUCCGAUCAUCAUCCUACUCUAUUCUCCGCUGCUCAUCUUGUCCGUCUUUGGCCAUCUUGCAGGUAUUCCAAUUCCAGCCCCACCAUCCCAGGAUAUAUCCCAGGACAGACAGGCAUCAUCGACAGUGCAGGUACUCUUUUUUUUACCACUCUUUUACCACUCUACAUACUCUACAAUACUUGACAUCCACUCCGACAAUCAACAAGGUAUACCCUACCAGUCUAUACCAGUCUAUACCACUCUCUACUACUCUCGACCACUCCCUACCAGUCUAUUUAUUCCCGUCAUCAAUAUACAUCACCCUACAGGGCAGGCACGCGGGAUACCACGGUCGAUCCCUCCCAGCCGAUCACUCGCGACAGCGACAGGCCCUGGCGAUACUUUAGCAGCCCUGGGAAAUACUUCCAGCCCACUUACCACUCGGACACUUCCACUGUUCCGCUGGGAAUACUUACAACCAACCCACUCCACUCCACUCAAAGCCAACCCACAACUCUCUCCAGCCCACUCUGCAGCCCAACUGCAUGAAGUGACGCCCCUUCCCUACCUUCCCUACCUUCCCGACACUCAAAACGUCCAAGUCCAAGCCUUACAGAGCAAGCACAUGCAGUAAAUACUGCAACUGCACAUAUACACAUAUAACCACCGAAAUAAGACGCCAGUGCAGUAGUCAGUACCAUACAUUACCACGCACGCCGUCCCGUCCGUCUGUCUAGACCCAGCCCGCCCGCGCCUCUUAUCAACUACUUGCGCCCGCCGCUCUUUCCCAGAAACUCGAAAUUCUUCCGUCAGUCAGUCUUCACACCAACAGCUCGACUCUCUCCCUUCAACGAAACAUCACUUCCGAACUUCACAUUCGCCUCCCCCGCCUCGCGUCCAAUUCACCUUCACCAUCGAAUACGAUCACCCCUCUCGACUUCCUCCAUCUGCCGACGCCGCGCCGGCCAAGUUCCGUAGGAUCGAAACCCGCCAGAUCGCCGGGUCAGGAAAGUGGAUAAGCCCAGCCGCGGCACUACUCGGUCCAGGCCCCGCCCACGAAACCAACCCUCUUCGUCACCCGGCCCUGCCCAGUCCAUCAUCCGUAAGCCUGGGGCAAAAGAAAUCACGCUGACGAUAUACAACACUAUUCACACCCACCACCGUUCUCCGCCCUCCGUCUCUCUGUCUGUCGCCCGCCACCAUCCACCACCACCCGUCCACCACACCACCGCGAUCUACAUAAUAAGGUGCUGAGAGGGCGCCCGCCGCAACCUUCACACGACGGUGCGAUAGCGACUGUACGAGUACUGUGCUGUCCGUACUGUACUGUAUACACUCGACACACAUACGAUACGAUACGCACGAGACAACAACGAGAAUACCACUCCCUCACACCCGCUGGCUGGCCUUAGCGACGACGAGUGAGACAGGUGUGCACACCCAAACCAGGACUCGACGCUCUGCCUGAGCAGCAGACAACAACACAUACACACACAACGAGCAGCAGUCAUGACUUCCAUACUCUGCCUUGCGCACUACUGCGACACCCACGGCCCAACCCCCCUAAUGGUGACCGAAGAGCUCCCCGUCCCCUGCACAACCUGCCUCGACCCCCCCACCUACCCCGACACCCCCCUCCCCUCCGCCUCUCUCUCCCGCAACCCCUCCGGCUCCUUCAGCUCCCCAACAACAUCCAUCCAGCUCUCGCGCCCUCACCCCCCCUCACCCACCCCCUCCACCCCGCCCGCCUCCCCCCGCAUGGCACCACGCAUCCACCGCCGCGACUCCUCCUUCCGAAAAACCUACGACGAAGCAGAUCGCAAGCGCGCUAUCCCCUGCGAAAACUGCGCCCUCACCCUCCCCCGCAAAGUCUCCCCCUCACCCUCAGCAUCCGCCUCGAAUUCCCCCUCCAUACCCCCACCCCCCGCAGACGACUCCACCUCCCCCAUCCUCCGAACUCGCAAACCCUUCGCACUCAUCUCCUCCGCCUCCUCAACACCAAAACACUCCCCCUCCGACUCCGACGAACCGGACGCCCCCCCCGGCCCUGCGCUCUCGCGCCGCAGACGGUCCAUUCCGCGCUCGGUGGCAUCAGCGGGUGAUUCUCAGAAACAUACGCAUUACCUCGACUACACAUCCUCUCACGACCCGUCUUCCGCGACGACAUUCUCCCUCCUCCGCGCUGCGUGCCUGCGCACCUUAUCCUGCGAGACGCUCCCGCCUUCCUCGCCUACCCCACAACCCGCCGGUGGCCCACUAUUCUUCGGCGACCCCCUAGCCGGGUAUACAACCGCCUUCCUCUUUCGCAUACCAGAUCCCUGGGCGAGGGGUCGGAGACGCGUGUAUGCGUUUUUAUGUCUCAGCGUCCUAAGCGAGCGCAAAGCCAUGCGUGUCUUCGGCUUCCUCGCCGGCGCAUUCAGGGAGUUAGCAGGAUGGAUACAAGGCCUCGCCGAGGCGGGGAACUCGGAGAGUGGUAUCGCUGAGGGGAUUGAUGAGGAAGGCGGUGGUGGUGGUGGUGCUGGUAACAGAGGAAGAGAGGGAGAGCCGAGGAUACGGAGUAGUUUCCUCGGGAGUAGGGGGGAUGAGAGGGGGAGGGGGGUGAGGGCAAGGGGGUUGGCGGAGGUUGUGGGGAAGCCGGACUUUUUUAUCGAGUUGCAUGUUAGGUUUGUGGCGUUGGCGGCGCAGUUGAGGUUUUUGGUUGAGGGGGGGCAGGGGUGAGAGGUGCCUGCCCACCUACCGAUACCGAUACGGACUGCUGUGAUCUGCUUCUACGAGAGAUGAGAUGGCUGAGGUGGAUGAGGAUGAGGGAAGAGAUGGAAGAGAUGAGAAGAGACGACACGACCUCAACGCAUCAACGAGCGAUUAGAUUCUCCCGUUCGAAUCGGGACGGAAGAGAGUGAGAGAAAGAGAGAAAGUGUGUAUUUUUAUAUGUACGGAAACCGGAAACCGGAAAACGGGCAGCAUGGGGAACUGAGAUGGACUGAAAUGAUCUGAGCUGGGGGGAAUAUUAUAGACACAAGGCCAUUGCUCCGCCUUCGGUAUGGGUUUUUUUGUUUGGCAUUUGGGAUUUGUUUGGUUUUUGGCGCGCGGGGGAGCGAGAGCGGGUGUUGUUUUAAAAGGGGG